CCACAGAGAUGUUAUGAACACAAGCAGUACAGAAAUGGUCUGAAGUUCUGCAAACAGAUCCUGAGUAACCCCAAGUUUUCUGAGCAUGGAGGUAAGAACCUGAUGCACCAUGCUCACUGCUGGCACGUGUACGGCCUGCUGCAGCGCUCAGAUAAAAAGUAUGACGAGGCCAUCAAGUGUUACCGUAACGCUCUGAAGUGGGAUAAGGACAAUCUGCAGAUUCUCCGAGACCUCUCCUUGUUGCAGAUCCAGAUGAGAGACUUGGAAGGAUACAGGGAGACUCGGUACCAGCUGCUGCAGCUCCGUCCAGCCCAACGAGCUUCCUGGAUCGGAUACGCAGUGGCUUAUCACCUGCUCGAGGACUUUGACAUGGCUGCAAAGAUUGUUGAGGAAUUCCGCAAAACACAACAGACGUCGCCUGACAAAGUGGAUUAUGAGUACAGUGAACUGCUGCUGUAUCAGAAUCAGGUCCUGAGGGAAGCCGGGCUGCACAAGGAGGCCUUCGAUCACCUCAACAGCUACGAGAAACAGAUCUGUGACAAGCUGGCUGUGGAGGAGACCAGAGGAGAGCUGCUGCUAAAGCUGGAGAAACAUCAGGAGGCUUCAGAGGUCUACAGAAGACUCCAGGAAAGGAACCCAGAAAACUGGGCCUACUACCAAGGCCUGGAAAAGGCCUUAAAGCCGGGCAGUUUAGAGGCGCGGCAGAAGAUUUAUGAAGCGUCCUGCAUAAAGUUUCCUAAAGGCCUCGUUCCCCGAAGGCUGCCUCUCAACUUCCUCACAGUAAGUUUGGAAGUUUGUGUAUUUCAGGAAGGCACGUCGGCAGUGGACAACCUGAACGAGAUGCAGUGCAUGUGGUUCCAGACAGAAUGUGCCUCGGCCUACAAGGCGCUGAACAAGUGCGGAGAGGCCCUGAAGAAGUGCCAUGAAAUUGAGAGACAUUUUGUGGAGAUCACUGACGACCAGUUUGACUUCCACACCUACUGCAUGAGGAAGAUGACGCUGCGCUCCUACGUGGACCUGCUGAAGCUGGAGGAUGUCCUACGGCAGCACCCGUUUUAUUACAAAGCUGCUCGCACUGCAAUACAGAUCUACCUGACGCUGCACGACAAACCUCUGACUGAUGACAGCAAGCAGAGCCAGGCAGACACGGAAAAUCUGACAGACAAGGAGCUGAAGAAACUGCGCAAUAAACAGCGAAGAGCACAGAAGAAGGCCCAGUUAGAAGAGGAGAAGAAGAACGCAGAGAAGGAAAAGCAGCUCAAGAACCAGAAGAAGAAGAAGGAGGAUGAUGACGAAGAGAUUGGAGGGCCGAAAGAGGAGCUAAUACCAGAGAAACUGGCCAAGCCGGAGAAUCCUUUGGAUGAAGCAGUCAAGUUCUUGAUCCCACUGAAGAACCUGGUGCGGAAAAAGGUGGAGACUCAUCUGCUGGCUUUUGAGAUCUACUUCAGGAAAGGUGAGACGGCUUCAGCACAAAGACUCAUCUCAGUUUCCGCUAAGAUGAUGGUUUACCUGGAGCCUUCCUCUGAUAAGAUGGCGUGUGAGAUAGCCACAGCGCUGGACGAGUCGCUGGCUGGACGAAGCAUUCAGAUCUGCACCGAGGUCCUGGAGGCUUUGCGUGGCGGCCAGCUAGGUGAGGGUCAGCAGAAGGCAGCGGAGGCCUAUCGAGCCGCCUGCCAUCAGAUCUACCCCUACAGCCUGGCCUUCAUGCCGCCUGGUUACCAAGACAACAGCACCAUAAUCAGCUCCAAUGGCGACCUGUCGGCAGGAGAGCACGAUGACAUUGCGAAUGAAAUGUGAGACGUGAUGAGGAGGAGAAGCGAGCAUGUUGCCACACGCCGUAGCCCCUCCCAACACAAAACAAACUGACAUUGCACUGAACUGGACUGAGUGCCACAGGAGGCGCUGAGAACUUUUUUUAAACAGCGUCCUGUUGUUGAGUACAUUUAAAAAGAGAAACACGAAUACGUUUCGGGAGGCUUGAAAGGAUUGUGUGGACCUUCGUGGGUACAUGGCUUCUGUAAACACAGCUUUUUAUAACUCCUGUGUUUUCAUGCCAUCUUCUUCUUGUUGGUGCAUCUGCUUCUCAGAUUUUUAAAAGUAAUUUAUAUAUUACAAACUGAUGGAUUAAUAAAACAAUGUUUGCA